AUGGGCCUAUUCUAUCUUCACCACGACGAUGCUGAACUUGCCAACGAGGCGUUCUUCAAGGCGCAGACGCUUGAUCCUGACUACGCAUUGGCUUGGGUGGGGCAGGGUCUCGUGGCCACAGUGAAUGGCCAUGCCCAGGAGGCGAGGGCCUUGUUUGAACACGCAACAGGCCUAGCGGCGCCUGUGCCUGAAGCGGACGUGGAGUUUGCAGCACGGCUGUUCAAGAAAUUGAAUACAACUCCGUCAAGGAUAGCUCCGACAUCGGAUGAUCUCUUCCCGGCGUUCUUCGUCCUGGACAGGUUCUGCAGGAGCCGACCUGACGAUGCCUCGGCUUUGCACCUCUUCGGCCUCGUUUGCGAGCGCAUCGGGCACGUCGAGCUUGGGAUCGAGGUCCUCAGCCGAGCGAUGUCUCUCCUCGAGGCCGCGUACGAGGAAACCGAGGAUCCUGACAUUGAGAGACGUUUCGCGAUCGCGCAUACCAACAUGGCUAGGUUGCGGCUCUCCAUACAAGACUACGAUGAGGUGCUUACGUCCACGGAGGUGGUAUUCGGUCUGUUGCCCGAAGAGCCAGAAGACCGGACUACACGAAUAUUGCUCGCACAGACACAGUUCCUUUCGGGGCUGGCUCAUUUCAAGCUUGGUCAACUGGCAGAGGCGCUCGGGUUCCUCGAGGCUGCAAUGACGGUCGCCGCCGAUGACCCGACGAUGCGGGGACAUAUCGUGGUCUUGCUGGGGCAAACACUCUGGGCGAUCGGGUCAGACGAAGGACGUGAAUCUGCCAAGGCGCAACUUUUGCAAAGCAUCGAGUCUGAUCCUGAGAACCUCAUGGCUAUCAACACGCUCGCAGGCAUGGGUAUCCUAACCGGUGAUGAAAGUCUAGUAGACGCCGCCCUCUCGGAGAUCCUCGCUCUUCCUCUGGACCAGCGGCUCAGUCGAGACCCGGGCAGGGACGUCACCUACCUGCUCAUACAGCACCACCUCGCUCAGGGUGACGUCGCGCAGGCCCUGUCCAUCGCUCAGAAGGCAGUACUCGCGGAACCGUCUCUACCCGAAAUGCGCCAGACCCUGGCGAGUCUCAACGUGCAGCAAGGCGACAGCAAGAGCGCGCAGGCGGUCCUCGCAGGCGCAUCCGGGUCGCACGAAGGUAACCUCGAGCACGCACGGCAGUCGCUGCACCUAGAGGCGAUCACGCGCUGCCUCGCCCCCCCAAGCCCAGAACGAACAGCAGAAGCGCACAAGCUAGCCCAGAAGGCCGUCAUGCUCUCGCCUUGGGCCACGCGCAACUGGGAAGCACUCGCCUUCGUCGGCACCCAGAACGAGCAGUGA